AGGCCCGAGCCAGAAAUGGCAGUGUUUCAUGGCGCCGGCCGCCCCGCGAAGCCGCGCGCCCGCGCGCGGCACCCGCGGCGGGCGCCGUGUUGCCCCGCGGGGCGAGGCCGCGAGGAGAUGGGCCGUGUGGCUGCUGGUUCUCUCGAGCGCUGACCCAGCCGGUUUGGAAAGCAUGUGCCGUGGCCCGCCAGACGCGCUGGGGCUGGAGCCCAUCGGGCUUCUGCAUGCCAGCCAUCAGCAAGAGCCUGCGGACGCUGCCGUGCUGCCUCGCCGCCGUGCGAUGCCGUCGCCUUGCGGCCGGGCGCGGCGCAGGCCGCCUCUGCGGUUCCGGGCUCGGGGUCAUGCGCAGAGCGGCUGCUUCGGCGCGAGAUAGCCACCAGGAGCCCGACUGCGGUGCAGGCGCGGCGGGUCGCGAAGGGGCGGAGGGCUUCGAGCAGGAGUUGGUCAGUGCAGAUCUCGGUCGGCACUGGAGCGUGUCCGUGCGUGCAGCUGGCGAGCAUGCCGUCAUCACGAGGCGCUGGGGGAAGGUUGGCGGUAAGCUGCAGGUGGACGAGCGGAACGUCUCCGAGUCCAAGAACAUCGGCUGGACGAACGAGCGCAAGCCCAUGCAGGUAGCCAACGACAUGGCCGCGUCCUUUGCCCAGAAGAAGAUCGACAGCGGCUACAGGCCUGCCGCGGUUUCUGGCACGAAGGCGGCGCCAGGCGCAGAGAUGCCACAGGUCAUGCUCGCACGCAACUAUUCCUCGACCGCCCUCGGCACUUUUCCUGGCGCUGGCUCGGACGCGUGGACUGCCGUGAUACAGCCGAAGCUCGACGGGGUGCGCUGCCUGGUGAGGCUGAACUUGACGGCGCCAUCGCCACCCGAGCUGUGCACCAGACAGCGGAAGCCCCUCACCCACCUGAAGUUGCUGGAGCCAGGUCUCAAGAAGGUGCGCAGCGCCGCCGCGAGGGUCCUCCAGGCAGGGCCCGGCGCCGGGCUGGUGCCCGGCCCGCUGUUCCUGGACGGCGAGCUGUACGCACAUCGGGGGCGGCAGGGAGGGGGGGUGAUGACUAAGGGGGGUGUGGAUGUCAGGCUUCAUGGCGCCUCGUCUUAUCUCUUUACGUCCCUGCCCCCCCCGUGGGCUGCGCACAUGCCGCGGGCCAUGAUUUGCGCCCUCCUCCUCUUGGACGCCCCCUUCUUGGCCGCCCCCGAGCACAUGGCGAGCUCACGUUCCAGGAGGUGGUGUCGGCGGUGAGGCGUUUGAAGGAGCCGAAUCACGAGCUCCUUGGGAGGAUCCGCCUCUACGUCUUCGAUUGCUUCCAGCUGGGCCAUGAUCUCGAGUUCCAGAAGCGCUGGGACCUCGUGCAGGACAUCAUGAGGAGAGCUGGCCCCAGCGUGUCGAGCGUCUUGUUAGUGGAGUCGACCUUGCACCGCGGCGAGGACCUGCCGGGCGCGAUCGAGAGGGAGCUCGGCAACCGGCUUCGCGAGGGGUACGAGGGGGUCGUGGUGCGCGACCCGAUUGGGGUCUACGAGACCAGGAAGAGGUCUGCCAGCCUCUUGAAGUUCAAGCGCUUCGACGACGCGGAGUUUGCCAUCGUGGGUUGGGAGGAGGGCGAAGGCACCGCGGCGGGCACUGUCGUCUGGAAGUGCGAGACGAAGGACAAGCAGGUGUUCUCUGUCAGGCCAAUGGGCAAUGUUGGCGAGAGGCGCGCCUGCUUCCAGCGCGUGCAGGAGUGCUUCGAGGAUGAGUUCCACGGCAAGCUCCUGACCGUCAGGUACCAGGGCCUCAGCGAUGACGGGAUUCCUCGGUUCCCAGUCGGCGUCGAGAUCCGCGAUUACGAGUGAUUCGGGGCUUCAGUUGUGGGGCGUUGUCGGAGGUAUCGACGUCGCAGGAGGCGAACGAAGAAGCCCAAAAUCUGG